GCUGGAAGCACUGGUCUCGGAGCUGGCGGAUAUAAGACAUAUUACCUGAAACCCAUCACUUUGCUCUUCAAGUUCACAACUCCAAACACAAACCCCCUCAUCGACGUUCAGCCAUAUUGGUCCCCCCGUUCUCCAAACUGAAGCGUGCAUUGUGCCAAAAGAGCAGCUGCCUACAGUAUGCCGCUUAUCCCUAAAACUAUGUCAGGGAUCCUCAUCGAGGAAACCGGCGGCGUCGAGGUGCUGCAGUGGAAAACCGACCUGCCGGUGCCCGAGCUUAAAGAGGGUGAGAUACUCGUCCGGAACGAGUUCAUCGGGGCCAACUACAUUGACAUCUAUUUCCGCACGGGCCUCUACCCCUCCUCAACCCUCCCGUUCAUAACGGGUAAAGAAGCCGCCGGCACGGUCGUAGCCGUGCACCCUUCCCUCCCCACCUCCCUCUCCUCUACCACCUCCUCCAGCACCCCCCAUAUCAAACCCAAAGAAGGCGACCGCGUAGCCUACACCUCGGACGCGACCUACGCAGAGUUCACCGCCCUCCCGGUCGCACUCGCCCACAUCCUGCCACCCUCGCUCUCCACCGAGACGGCGGCGGCCGCCCUGCUGCAGGGGCUGACUGCCCUGACCUUCGUGCGCGAAGCGGCGGGCCUGCCGCGGCCCGGCACAAGUGCCAGCGCCGGCGGCGCGCUGCUGGGCGUGAGCUCGGGCCCCUGGGCGCUGGUGCACGCGGCCGCGGGCGGGACGGGGUCGAUGCUGUGCCAGAUGCUGGCCGUGCACGGGGCCAGGGUGAUUGGCACGUGUGGCGGGCGGGAGAAAUGCGAGGCUGCGAAGCGGAACGGGGCGCAGUGGGUUGUGGAUCGGAAGGCGGAGGAUGUGGUGGCGCGGGUCAAGGAGAUUACGGGGGGCAAAGGGGUGGAUGUGAUCUUCGAUGGGGUGGGGAAGGCGACGUUUGAGGCGGACCUGGAGAUGGUGGCGCGGAAGGGGACCGUGGUUGUGUUUGGAAACGCCUCCGGCCCUGUGCCCCCGGUGGAUCUCUUCAAACUGGGCGCGAAGAAUCUCAAGUUGAUGAGGCCUAGGGUCUUCGGGUACAUUGAAACUCAGGAGGAGCUGGACUCGUAUACCAGGGAGCUGUUUGACCUGCUCCUCGCUGGGAAGGUGAAGGUCAAAAUUCACGAGGUCUACCCGCUCAAGGAUGUCGCCCGGGCGCACUCAGAUCUAGAAGGAAGGAAGACAACCGGGAAGCUGCUGCUCAAGGUCUAAGUGGAGCAGCUCAUGUGUUUCUUCUAUCGAUAAAUUAGCGACUCUAGCAAGUGGCUUCAUCCCUUUAUAUCGUAAUGUGUCUAUCUCGAGCUCCUCCGAGGGGCAGUGAACAUUAUUUUAGGCGUUUUUGGCCUUCAGAGCCUCCACAAACUCGGCUGGCGGAUCUUGCCGGUAUCCCUUGGGGUUGUUCUGUACCCAGCGCCAGAGGUCGGCGCAGGCAUCCUCCAACGUAAGCUUCGUCUUC